UAUAUAAUUUAAUUUUAGUUAUUAUUUCCCCUUUUUGAGUUUGAAUCCAAUCUAUAUUAUUAUUACUUAAUUAUUGAAAAAAUUGCGAUUGCAACUAAAUUGCUUUAUAGAUGGCGCUAUUAGUAAAAAGGAAACUAUAACAUGGAAAAUUUUAAAUAAUUAAUUCCUUACCUUGUAUCAAUAUUGUUGUUUGGCUUUUAACAUUGCAUUCUAUAAAUAUUAAAUUUCGAGCCAUUCUUCAUUGUAUGCAAAAAUUUGGAAACUUUUGAUAUUAACUUGUUUGAAACUGUCAUUAUCAUGCAGUAUUAAAAGAAAAUUUGUUAAGUUUAUUACAGACCUACAUAAAUUAAUUAAUUUAAAUGAUAAGAUUAUUUAAAUACGAGCAUAUUGAAUCAAUAAUAUUUAAAUAUAACAAAAUUAUCAUCAAAAAUCAGCACAUUCAUUAUCAAAUGCUAAAAUAGUUGCAUAAAUUGUUUAUAAAUUCCAUAAAUUAUUAAUUUCAUUGUUUCGCAAUAUGAAUUUAUUCAUUCGGCGCAUUAAUAUAAGAGGACCAUUAUUUUGCACUUUGUUUUUUAAAUUCCUUUGAAUCGAUUAGUUCGAACAUGAGUCCGAUUAGCGAAUUUUAUAGCGGGAAAACGGUGUUUGUAACGGGGGCGACGGGUUUUAUGGGAAAAGUUCUUUUGGAAAAAUUGGUAAGAUGUUUACCCGACAUAAAAAAAAUUUAUAUUUUGUUGCGCCCCAAAAAGGGGUGUACACCUGAAGAAAGAAUGAUGCAAUUAGCGGAAAGCACGGUAUUUACUUUUAACAAUAUGAGUCAAAAAGCUUACGUUAAAAUCGAAGUAAUAAACGGAGAUAUAAGCAAAGACGAUUUCGACAUGACGAAAGAGGACAAAGAGAAAUUGAUUAACGAAGUUUCGAUUGUAUUUCAUUUCGCGGCUUCGGUUCGCAUGGAUCUGUCGCUGAAAGAGGCGGUUAUUGUAAAUUGCAAAUCAACUUAUCAGUUGUACAAGUUAUGCUUGAAUAUUAAAAAUUUAAAAUCGGUUGUGCAUUUAUCCACCGCGUUUUGCAACGGUGAUAUUAAGAACAUGGAGGAGAAGGUUUAUCCUUUAAAAGUGGAUCCUUAUAAAAUUAUUGAUAUGGUUGAGUGGAUGGAUGAGAAAUGUUUAACUGCGAUGACUAAAACAUUAUUAGGUCCUCAACCGAACACUUAUACGUUCUCUAAAAGACUUGCUGAAAUGAUAGCGGUUGAUAUGGGUGAUAAAUUGCCUUUAACAAUAGUGAGGCCUUCUAUAGGUGAGAAUAAAAUGCAGUAAAAACUCGAUAUAACGGAUUAAUUUUUGCUGAUACAUCCCCAAGAGCUUGAAGACCAGUUCGUGACGUCACGCAACUACUAUUUCAAAUUUUGAAUUAACAAAUGCUUAAUUUAUUCUAUUCGUAUUUUGUAAUGUUGUUAGUUUGAGGCUUAGGGUUCAUAAUAUUAAAUAAAAAUCUUGAUCGAGUUAAACCCGAAAUUUUCUAGUUCAAGGUUUAGGUUUAGUUCUAGUUUUAACACUAGACCAUUUAAGAAACAUUCAGGUUUAGCCGUGCAUCUACUAAAACGAGUAAAACCUCUAAGGUUUUAAAACGGUCUAGUGUAUUGCAAGCAGACCUAGCCUUCUACAAACAAUAUCUGUCUUCUGCAAGAACCUUUAAUUCACUGCCAACCAUAUUUAGUCUUUUGCAAGCAAUUUCUAUUAUAUUGGAACCAGUAUCUAGCCUUCAAUACACAGUAUUUGUCUUUAGCAAGCAGUUUCUAGUGGAUUGCAAGCAGUACUAGCCUUCCGCAAGUAGUAUCUGUCUUCUGUUCAACCAUAUUUAGUCUUCUGCAAACAAUUUCUUGUAUAUUGUCUUCUGUCAAUAGUAUUUUGUAGUUUCAAAUGUAUUGCAAGCAGUAUUUAGUCUUCCACAAGCAGUAUAUGUCUUUUGCAAGUAGCUAUAAUUCCCUGCCAACCAUAUUUAAUCUUCAACAAACAAUUUUUAGUGUAUUGGAAGCAAUAUUUAGCCUUCAACACACAGUAUUUGUCCUCAGCAAGCAAUUUUAGUCUUCUGUCAACAGUAUUUUGUCAUCUGCAAGCAGUUUUUGAUGUAUUACAAGCAGUAUUUAAUCUUCUACAAGCAGUAUCUGUCCUUUGCAAGUAGCUAUAAUUCCCUGCCAACCUUAUUUAAUCUUUUACAAGCAAUUUCUAGUAUAUUGGAAGCAAUAUUUAGCCUUCAAGACACAAUAUCUAUCUUCAGCAAGCAAUUUUAGUCUUUUGAAAACAGUAUUUUGUUUUCUGCAAGCAAUUUCUAGUAUAUUACAAGCAGUAUUUAGUUUUCCACAAGCAGUAUUUGUCUUUUGCAUGUAGCUAUAAUUCCCUGUCAAGCAUAUUUAAUCUUCUGCAAGCUAUUUCUAGAAUGUUUGAAGCAGUAUCUAGCCUUUAAUACACAGUAUUUGUCUUCAGCAAGCAGUUUCUAGUGUAUUGCAAGCAGUAUCUGUCUUCUGCUAGUAGUUUUUGUUCCCUGCUAACCAUAUUUAGUCUUCUGCAAGCAACUUUUAGUAUAUUGGCAGCAAUAUCUACUCUUCAAUACACAGUAUCUGUUUUCAGGAAGCAGUUUUAGUUUUUGUCAACAGGAUUUAGUCAUUUGCAAGCAAUUUCUUGUAUAUUGGAAGCAAUAUCUAGCCUUCAAUACACAGUAUUUGUCUUCAGCAAGUAGUUUUAGUCAUUUACCAACAAUAUUUAGUUUUCUGCAAGCAGUUUCUAGUAUAUUGGCAGCAAUAUCUACUCUUCAAUACACAGUAUCUGUUUUCAGUAAGCAAUUUUAGUCUUCUGUCAACAGUAUUUUGUCAUCUGCAAGCAGUUUUUGAUGUAUUACAAGCAGUAUUUAAUCUUCUACAAGCAGUAUCUGUCCUUUGCAAGUAGCUAUAAUUCCCUGCCAACCUUAUUUAAUCUUUUACAAGCAAUUUCUAGUAUAUUGGAAGCAAUAUUUAGCCUUCAAGACACAAUAUCUAUCUUCAGCAAGCAAUUUUAGUCUUUUGAAAACAGUAUUUUGUUUUCUGCAAGCAAUUUCUAGUAUAUUACAAGCAGUAUUUAGUCUUCCACAAGCAGUAUUUGUCUUUUGCAGGUAGCUAUAAUUCUCUGCCAACCAUAUUUAGUCUUCAGCAAGCAGUUUCUAGUGUAUUGCAAGCAGUAUCUGUCCUCUGCUAGUAGUUUUUGUUCCCUGCUAACCAUAUUUAGUCUUCUGCGAGCAAUUUUUAGUAUAUUGGCAGCAAUAUCUACUCUUCAAUACACAGUAUCUGUUUUCAGUAAGCAAUUUUAGUCUUUUGUCAACAGUAUUUAGUCUUCUGCAAGCAAUUUCUAGUAUAUUGGAAGCAGUAUCUAGUCUUUAAUACACAGUAUUUGUCUUCAGCAAGCAGUUUUAGUC